AUGAACGAUUUAAGUAAAAGACCGGUAUUUACUCAACAAGAAAUUGUUAACGAAUUGCAAAAAGUAGCAUUACUGGAUCGAAUCCUUGCUGAAAGUGGUGCUUUAACAUUAAAGCAUUUGAACGAUAUCGUCAGUAAAAUUGAUAAGAAUAAUAACUUCAAAAAAUUGGAUGACCUAGUGGCAUUUAUCGGGAUACGUACCAAUGUCUUUGAAGUGUCUUUCGAUCUUGUCAAGAAUCAUUCGCAAGAAUUUCGCGAAAUGUUCGGAUAUUUAAUAAAUUUCCUAUGUGACAUUGAUCAGUCAAAGCGUAAUGUGGAUGUUGUAACUCAAGUUAUCAAGAAAUUUAAUACUAUAGUUAUACGAGAAGUUGGUAACACGGAAAAAGAAGUACGUCGUUUUUUAGAGAAACAUAGGAACUUUUUCAUUUUAUGCCGAAACAAUGCCGUUAUGCUCAAUCCAGCAUGCAUGGAAAUUCCAUCAGCGUGGGAACGUAGAGCUUUACCCACUUAUGGCAGUGGCAUAAGAUAUGAUAGAAGUAUUGUUUUGGAUGGUAUAGGCAAAGUUGUUAGCGCAAUGAAUUGCACAGGGUAUAUUAAAAUUGAAAUAAUUCGAGGGCCUUGGACGGCUCAGACGGUAUUCGGCUUAAGCAAGAAUGUAUCAAAUGAAGUGAAUCUAGCAAAUAAAUAUCCUGUAGGGACAUUAGUGAAAAUCAUAGCUUAUCGAGCAUAUGAGGCAUGUCAUCCUUGGACAGCUACAAAAGUGAUUUUGGCUGACGAUCGUGAUGACAUAUGGUGUGUUGGAGAAACAAGAAAAAUGGACAGAUUGCUUGAAAAAUAUCAGCUGAAGGACCGCACUUUAACCAAAAUUGGACACUCUAACCAGCGGAAUGCAAAAAUUACCGAAAUGAAAUCAUUUAAUAGUAGUCCAAAUCGAACAUUGAAAACAAAGUCCGAUAAACGCAGUAUGAGUCCACAGUUUAUGGUAAAAUCGGUUAAUGGUGAAGCAGAAGAAGCUGGAGCAUUUAGAAGGAAUUCUGCCAAUACUGAGGCAUAUGUGCAGAUGAACUCAAAUUAUUGGAUGUUUUACAAUGAUGUUAUUCAUGAUGAGAUAAGAAAAAUGCAAGAGGUGGAUGAAUGUUUGCGUGAUGGCGCCAAAACAUUUCGACAGAUAUUCAACAAACUUAUUGAAGGUGAUACUUUUGCUUAUUAUUCCUAUAUGGUUGAUUUUAUCGUUGUCCGCUCACAUCUCUACGAAAUAUUAGAUAAUCAUGUUCGGAUGACAAGCAACACAUAUCGUACUGAGAUGCUUAAAUUUCUUUGUUAUAUCGACGAAAAAUCCAGGGAAAACAUUACCGUAAAUACAUUGCGUAAAUUGAUUAAUGCUAAUGAUGGUGGUUUCAUGGAGGAAUUGCUGAGUCAUGCUACAAAUGCAGAUACAUUUCUGAAAUUCAUCGAGAAACAUACGUCACUCAUUGAAUUAGCUGAAGCUUUCGGUGAGCAGUUUAUCUUCUUGAGAGGCACUUAUAUUAGCGACUGCAAUAUUUUCGUACCUAAAUUUCAUUUCCCACGGUCUCUUCCUAACUGA